UUGCGACGUAGUUCUCUUGCGAAUGUGUAAUAACAAAGCGACAACAUAGAGUAGUGAAAAAAACCUCUGAUUUUUGCGUUGUGAUUGCAGGCCUGGGAUUUCGCGAAUUUUGUAAUAAUUGAAAUGGCUACUGUCUAAAUGAGUCAUCUGAUGAUAAUCAAAGUUGAGUUUUGAGACCUGUGAACAAGUGUGUUUGUCUUUUUAUCAGUUAAGAAAAUGUCGCUUUGGGCUAAAGCUCAGCAACUUCCUUCUGAGAGUAUCCAGCAAAUUUAUGCCAUAUAUGGGGAUCACUUCCCCAUCGAAGUUAGACAUUGCUUAGCCCAAUAUAUUGAGGAGAAAUUUUGGUCUAAUCUAGAACCUCAACCGGAUAACCCCCAACAUGAACAAUAUGUGGCAGGACUUGUGAGUUCAUUAAUUCAAGAGAUUGAAAAUAAAGCAUCUAUGGUUGAUGGACCAGAUAUCUUUUUGAUUAAACCCAAGUUAGCUCAGGCGGCAAUUAUGUUUCGCCAAAGAUACAGUGCCAACCCUAUGCAACUUUUUACAUAUGUCCGACAAUGUCUUGCUACUGAAUUUGGCAUCAUACAACAGGCUAGUGGUGAAAUUGUUCCAGGUUUAACGAUGGAGAAUUCUGGAGCUGAAACUUUGCACAAAAUCGAUAUUUUGAAGAGAAGGACACAGGAUACUGCAGCAGAUUUGAGACGUAUGGAAGAAGAUCAAGAAGCUUUUGCCAUUCAAUACCAUGAAUGUACUAAAAUAAAGGCUCAUUUACAACAGUUGAUUAGUCAACCUAACAGUCCUACGACUGCUCAAAAUAUCCAGAAAUUGACACUACAAAAGGAAACUUUGGAACAAGGACUCAAUCAGAGGGUGGCAGGUUUAAUGCAAUUACGUUUAGCUUUGAGUGAUAAGUUAAAAGAAACCGUGCAAUUGUUGAAUCAACUUCAGACACAUGUAUUAGAUGAAGAACUGAUAAGGUGGAAAAGGGAACAGCAACUAGCUGGAAAUGGUGUGAUAUUCAAUAGUAAUCUAGAUACUAUCCAAGAAUGGUGUGAAGCAUUGGCAGAAUUAAUUUGGUUGAAUCGACAGCAGCUCAAGGAAAUGGAGAGAUUGAAGGCAAAAUUAGCGUUAGAUUCAUUUCCUGACGUGCUACCUCAACUUUUAGCUGAUAUAACUCAAUUAUUAUCAUCUUUGGUUACUUCAACUUUCAUUAUUGAAAAACAGCCCCCUCAAGUUAUGAAAACGAAUACAAGAUUUACCGCAACUGUCCGUUUAUUGGUAGGUGGUAAACUGAAUGUGCACAUGACCCCGCCACAGGUUAAAGUCACAAUUAUCUCAGAGGCGCAGGCCAACCUGCUUCUUAAAAGCGACAAAUUGAGCAAAAAUGGCGAAUCAAGUGGAGAGAUACUAAAUAAUACUGGCACAAUGGAGUACCAACAAGCUACCAGGCAACUGUCUGUCAGCUUCAGGAAUAUGCAGUUGAAAAAAAUCAAAAGAGCCGAGAAGAAAGGUACAGAGAGUGUGAUGGAUGAGAAGUUUUCACUUCUCUUUCAAUCUCAUUUCAAUGUCGGAGGUGGGGAACUUAUGUUCCAAGUAUGGACUUUGAGCUUGCCAGUAGUGGUCAUUGUUCAUGGGAAUCAAGAGCCUCAUGCCUGGGCUACGGUUACAUGGGAUAAUGCUUUUAGUGAGGCGGGGAGAGUUCCAUUUGCUGUACCAGACAAGGUCCAGUGGAAUAAAGUUGCCGAGACUCUUUCAUUGAAAUUCAGAGCAGCUACAGGUCGUCCUUUGACCGAGGAUAAUUUGAGGUUCUUGGCUGAAAAAGCUUUUCGCGGCAAUUACAAUGAAUCGCAAAACCCUAUGCUGACCUGGGCUCAAUUCUGCAAAGAGCCGUUAUCUGAAAGGAAUUUCACAUUCUGGGAGUGGUUCUACGCCAUCAUGAAGCUCACAAGAGAACAUUUGAGAGGCCCAUGGGUUGAUGGGUUGAUAAUGGGCUUUGUUAGAAAGAAGCAAGCUGAAGAAAUGUUGUUGAGUUGUGCUGCUGGAACUUUCCUGUUGAGGUUUUCAGACAGCGAAUUAGGAGGUAUUACUAUAGCCUGGAUUUCAGAUAAUGGUGAAGUGUUCAGUCUGCAGCCCUUCACAGCAAAAGACUUUGCUAUAAGGACACUAGGAGAUAGAAUAUCAGAUUUGAAUCACUUAGUUUCUUUGUAUCCAGACAUUGCAAAAGAUAUAUCUUUCCAGAAGUACUACACACCAUAUCAAAGCAGUGAGCAAACAUCGAUAAAUGGUUAUGUUAAACCAGUACUAAAAACCCACCUGCCUGGGUGGAGUGAUAAUAGCUAUCCUAACACCCCACACCACCCGUUCAUGCAGUCCCCCGAUCCCUCCAGGGAUACGCCAUCUGUGGCUAGUAGCUAUGCUGGUUCGAUUGCCACAACUGCAACAUGUACGGCUGGAAUGGACUACCUGGAUUCGUUUGACGAGAACAGCAUCGAUAUAAAUAACCUGGUCAAUCUCAACGAGUUGAUGCACGGAUAUAAGCAGUGAGAUUUUUUCGGACCGUUGGAAGGCUGCAAGAAAGUUGGAACAGGGCUGGAUGACUGCCACUUUGUGCCAGAGGAAGAGGGAAGAUAUGUUCAAUAAUUUGAUAUUCUACAACCUAAUGAACAACAAGAAAAGAAAAUCCUAAAUUCAAUUCGGUAAAUGUUGUUUUUUUGUUAUAUCAAGAAAUUAUCGUGACACUUGAACCGCCAAAUUCGAAUUGAAGAACAAUUAUUCAUUUUCAAUUAAUUUAAACAAAUUAGCUCGAAAAUGUCUUCAUUGUUUUUUUUUAUAUGUGAUAAUUUAUUCAAAUAUUGAAUGCAUGUUCCGUAAAGUCUCAGGAUUUUUUACUGUAGUGCAAAUUUUAUGUGUGCGAAACACGUUUUCAUUGAACUUGUGGAUUUUUAGAAUAUUGAACUUCCUCAGAGGAGCCUUUCACGUGAGUGAUUAUGCAAAUGUUUGUAUUAUCCAAGCACAAAAAUUGUUUCCACGAAUUUUACACACAUAAAUCGGUGUUUAUGUGCCAUAAUUUCAUUAGAACGCAGUGCAAUGAUUUCAAACUGUUUCAGUUUCGCAAUAAGCAUUUAUUUUAAUUUUGAUAUUUUAUUGGUAUUACCAUUUAUCAAAUGGCAGGUUAUAUCUUUUAAAAAGAUUCUACCAGGUUUAUUUUCACUAACCAAUAUAAUAUCACUUGAAUAUUAUAUAUUGUUAAUGUACAAUUUAUUUUUGAAUAUCUGUGAGUACAAAGAAUCAUUUGUCUAUUUACAGAAUUUGAGAUUCUAAUUCUAUUGAAUAACAUUUGCUCAUUCUUUUUUUUUUAAUUAUGACUUAUGGUGCUUUUUUCAUAGUUUUAAUUUAGAUUUAGACAACAAUAAUAUCAGCACAGCAAUUAGACAAUCUUCCAUAUUUGAAAUAUUGUGAUGAAACCACUUUUAAAAAAUCAAAAUCAUCGUAUAUUGUAACCGUCCUUGUAGUGUACCUUAUAGCCUCUAUAGAAUUUUUCGGAAUUGAGAAUAUAUUGAUAAAUGUGAAGAAUUAUUCUAAUGUUAAUGUUUUACAUAAAUAAAACAAACUAACCUUUUUUAUUUGCUAGUGCUUCUAAUAUAGAAACCCCAGGUGCCUUUUGUUGUGAAUUUUAUCAAAUAGAUGGUUUUAAAAAUAGUUAACUCAGUGAUUGUUUUCGUCCCAUUAUAUGUGAUGUAAUGAUGGAUGCAAUUAUUCAAAAAUCUCCACUGGACGAAGUGGCAAAACUUUUUUAUCAUUGAAAGAAUUUAAUUACCAUAAAUUUUGUCACUUGGCAAAUUAAUGAUUUAAUUGAAAUAAAUUUUAUAUUGAAUCUAUUUUAUAUGUGAUACUGAAUUGACAAGUAAUAUGAAAUUGGGUUAUCAGAAACCAAUCACUGAAAUUUGUAAAUACUUGAGAUUUAUCGCUUUAAAGCAAUUGUAGCAUAGCAUAUCAAGUCUAUUUUGUCUGUAGAGAUAUUCUCUGCUUGCUCAGUCAAUUAUUUCUGUUUUACACUAAAACUCACAUUGUGGUUGAAUUGAAUAAAAAGUAAAAAGUU